UCCGCCGUGGGCUCAUGUCAUUCGUUUUUCUGCCCUCCACGUGAAAGCCGUGCCCUGGAUGGUGAAGGACUCACACUCAUAAAAGCCCCAUCCGCCAUCCGAGAUACUCUACCACACUCUCGCACAUCACCACCACUUGCCCAAUAUGUCGGCCAACGACGUGUACCAGGACCCGCUGAAUUCUCGCUAUGCGAGCACUGAAAUGAAAUACCUCUUCAGUCCCCGCAACCGCUUCAGUACAUGGAGGCAAUUGUGGGUCUGGUUGGCCGAGUCUGAGAAAGAGCUAGGAUUAGACAUUAGCGACGAGGCGAUUCAGCAGAUGAAAGCACACCAGGUCAUCCAAGACGAGGAAUUCGCUGUAGCUGCCGAGGAAGAGAAGAUUAGGAGGCACGAUGUUAUGGCUCACGUGCACACCUUUGGGGUGAAAGCACCAGCUGCUGCAGGAAUCAUUCAUUGGGGUGCAACAUCUUGUUAUUGCACUGACAAUGCGGAUCUUAUCUUCCUCCGUGAUGGUCUUGAUAUCCUGCUCCCCAAGCUAGCAACCGUGAUCGAAAAGCUCUCCUCCUUCGCAAAAGAGCACAAAGACCUCGCAUGCCUCGCCUACACCCAUCUCCAACCCGCCCAACUCACCACCGUCGGCAAGCGCACCUGCCUCUGGAUCCAAGACCUCCUCAUGGACCUGCGCAAUCUCGAGCGCGCGCGCGACGACCUCCGCUUCCGCGGCGUCAAAGGCACUACGGGAACCCAAGCCUCCUUCCUCCAAAUCUUCGCGGGCGACCACUCCAAAGUCGAAGCCCUCGACGCGCUCGUCACGAAGAAAGCAAACUUCACCUCGGCUUUCAUCAUCUCCUCGCAGACCUACACGCGCAAGAUCGACGGCGACGUGCUGCAAGCCCUGGGCUCCUUCGGGGCCACCUGCGAGCGUAUCGGGCAGGACAUCCGCCACCUCGCCGCGUUCAAGGAGCUCGAGGAGCCCUUCGAGAGCAUGCAGAUCGGGUCCUCGGCCAUGGCGUACAAGCGCAACCCCAUGCGCAGCGAGCGGCUGUGCUCGCUGGGGCGCAAGCUGCAGAACCUGCCCAAGGACGCGAUGGACACGUAUGCGGCGCAGUGGUUUGAGCGGACGCUCGACGACUCGGCUAUCCGCCGCAUCUGCAUCCCGCAGUCGUAUCUUUGCGCGGACGCGUCGCUGAUUCUUCUUAACAACAUCUCGUCGGGCAUGGUCGUGUAUCCAGCCGUGAUCAAGAAGCGCGUCGAGGCCGAGCUGCCCUUCAUGGCGACCGAGAACAUCAUCAUGGCGCUCGUCGCCAAGGGGGGCAGUCGGCAGCAGGCGCACGAGGAGGUGCGGGUGCUGUCGCACGAAGCGGGCCGCGAGGUGAAGCAGUUUGGCCGCGACAACGAUCUCAUUGACCGGAUUCGCAAGACGCCGUUCUUUGACCCCAUCGUGCCGGACUUGGAGAAGUUGAUGGACCCGCAGACUUUUAUAGGGCGUGCACCAGAGCAGGUGACGAGUUUCUACGAGAAAGAUGUUACGCCUGCGCUAAAGAAGUAUUUCGAUGCCGGAAAGAUCAAGUCUGGGGAGGCGGCGGAGUUGCAUGUUUAGUAGGUUGGUUUUGGUCUUAGGGAAAGGGAGAAUAAGGAGGUGAUGGGAGAUGACAGGGAUGAAGAAAGGUCCGGGUCUGUUUAGUAUAUUAGCAAAAGUCAACUUCCAACGUAAGUAUUUCAGUACACUUCCAGAAGCUCUUCAGUUCUCUGAUGCCAAUGUGACAUACCAACCAUG